GUAAGUUCAAAUUCAAAUGUGGCACCAGUACGUGAUGUCGGACGCGACCUACUCAAUCAUUACGCGCUCUACACUCCUAUCCUGUAGGUGGCGGGAUGGUACCAUAUACAUUGGUUUACCAACCUCAUUAACACCAGAAGAAGCCAUCACCGCGCAACUGAGAAGUUGAGCAGCUGAUCGGACUGCGAGGAAACUCAGCGUGAAGUUUGGAGAAACAAACUACAUGUGACUGGCUCUAAAAUGAGUCUUCAUGAGGAGAGAGGUUUGGAGAAUGAUCACUAUCAGAACAAGAGAGCAGCAUCUUCAGAGCCCAGCUGUGUGUCUAUGAGGAGCGAGCAAUCCAUGCCAGAACCCCUACACUUCAGUACUGGAGCUGUGACCUUUAACCCCAGUGACUCUGAGAACAAGAGAGUAGCAUCUCAAGAGCCCAGCUGUGUGUCUAUGAGGAGCGAGCAGUCCAUGCCAGAACCCCUACACUUCAGUGCUGGAGCUGUGACCUUUAACCCCAGAGAUUAUCAGACUGGAGACCUGCAACAAGAUUCCCACCAACCAGAUGAUCAACUACAGAGAGUCAAAGAGCAGCACAAAACCAGCAUGAAGAACAAGUAUGAGAGAUUAUGUGAGGGACUGAAAUUCCAGGAGAAUGAAAGCCUCCUGAACAGCAUCUACACACAGCUCUACAUCACAGAGGGAGAGAGAGAAGGAGUGAAUGAAGAACAUGAGGUUUUACAGAUGGAGAAAACAGCCAGAACACAACACUCACAAGACACUCCAAUCUACUGCAAUGACAUCUUUAAAGCCUCCGCUGAAGCAGGAUGUGAGGAGAAAGAGCAGAUCAAGACUGUUCUUACUAAAGGCAUCGCUGGAAUCGGAAAAACCAUCUCUGUGCAGAAGUUCAUUCUGGACUGGGCCGAGGGAAAAGCCAAUCAGGAUGUAGAUUUCAUGUUUGUACUUCCAUUUCGAGAGCUGAACUUGAUCAGAGAUCAUCAGUACAGUCUUCACAGACUUCUGCUGGACUUUCAUCCUGAACUUCAAGAUCUGGACUCACAGAUUUAUGAGGAGUGUAAAGUUGUGUUCAUCUUUGAUGGUCUGGAUGAAAGCAGAAUCACACUGAUGUUUUCAGACGCUCAGAAAGUUUGUGAUGUGACUGAGACUUCAUCAGUGGCUGUGUUGAUGUCAAAGCUCAUGAAAGGAGAGCUGCUUCCCUCUGCUCUUAUCUGGAUCACCUCCAGACCAGCAGCAGCCAAUCAGAUCCCCUCCGAAUACAUCCACCGUCUGACAGAAAUUCAGGGAUUCACUGAGCCUCAGAAGGAGGAAUAUUUCAGGAAGAGAAUCAGUGAUGAGCAUCAAGCCAGCAGAAUCAUCUCACACAUCAGAAGAGCAAGAAGCCUCCACAUCAUGUGCCACAUCCCCGUCUUCUGCUGGAUCUCAUCCACUGUGCUUCAGAAGCUCCUGGAAGAAGAUCUGAGUGCAGAAAUCCCUCAAACUCUGACUGAAAUGUACAUCCACUUCCUGCUGAUUCAGAUAAACAUGAGGAAGCAGAAGUAUGUAGAGAGAGAUCCAGAGAAACUCCUGCCGUCCAACAGAGAAGUGAUUGUGAAACUUGCUGAAGUGGCUUUCAAACAGCUGAUGAAGGGCAAUGUGAUGUUCUAUGAGGAGGACCUGAUUGAGAGCGGCAUAGAUGUCACUGACGUCUCAGUGUAUUCUGGGAUUUGCACUGAGAUCUUUAAGGAGGAAUCUGUGAUUCAUCAGAGGAAAGUCUACAGCUUUAUUCAUCUGAGUGUUCAGGAGUUUCUCGCUGCAUUUCAUGCUUUUUACUUUUAUCUACGUACAACUAUGGAGGGACUAAAGAAUUUAGUUUCAGUACAAAAUUUGCUUAAAGGAGCAGUAGAUAAAGCCACUGAGAGUGAGAAUGGACAGCUGGAUCUGUUCCUGCGGUUCCUGCUGGGCGUCUCACUCGAGUCCAAUCAGAGACUCUUACAGGAUCUACUGACACACACAGAGAACAGCUCAGAGACCAUCAGCAGAACCACACAGUACAUUAAAGACAAGAUCAAAGAUGGACAUGGACUCUCCACUGAAAGAUCCAUCAAUCUGUUCCUCUGUCUGCUGGAAGUGAAAGAUCAGACUCUGUUCAGAGAGAUUCAGGAGUUUGUGAAAUCAGACAAACACUCAGAGAAGAAACUCUCUGCUGCUCACUGCUCAACAAUCUCCUACAUGCUUCAGAUGUCAGAGGAGCCACUGGAUGAGCUGGACCUUAAAAAAUACAACACUUCAGAUGAGGGGAGAAGAAGACUGAUACCAGCUGUGAUCAACUGCAGAAAAGCUCUACUUGCUGGGUGUAAUCUCACUGCUCAACAUUGUGAAACACUGUCAUCAGCUCUACAAUCCUCAAAGUCUGUUCUGAUGGAGCUUGAUCUGAAUAACAAUGACCUGCAGGAUUCAGGAGUGAAGCUGCUGUCUGAUGCACUGAAGAGUCCAAACUGUCACCUUGAGAUACUGAGAUUGUCUGGCACUAUGGUAACAGAGGAAGGCUGUGGUUAUGUGUCUUCGGCUCUGAGUUCAAACCCCUCACACCUGAGAGAGCUGGAUCUAAGCUACAAUCACCCAGGAGAUUCAGGAGUCAAGAUGCUGAAUGACAAACUGAAGGAUCCAAGCUGCUCACUACAGAUGCUCAAUUUGGACCAUGGAGGACAUUUCAGGAUCACACCAGGACUGCAAAAAUAUGCCUGUGAUCUCGCACUGGAUCCAAACACAGCACAUGCUCAACUCAUCCUAUCUGAAGGAAACAGGAUGGCAAAACAUGUGGAAAAGAAGCAACCGUAUCCAGAUCAUCCAGACAGAUUUGAACUCUGUGAGCAGGUUCUGUGUGAAGAGAGUUUGACUGGACGCUGUUACUGGGAGGUUAAAUGGAGUGGCACAGGCCUUGUAGCGGUGACCUAUAAAGGAAUCAUCAGGAAAAGUGGAGCUGACUGUUGGUUUGGACUCAAUGAAAAGUCCUGGGGAAUGUACUGUAGGGAUAUAAUUUACACUGUCUGGCACAAUAACAAGAGCACUGAUAUAUCUGGCCCUUCAUCUCAUACUAAUAGAGUAGGAGUGUAUGUGGACGUGAUGGCCGGCACUCUGUCCUUCUACAGUGUUUCUGACACACACACACUCACACACAUAUACACAUUCAACACCACAUUCACUGAACCCCUAUAUGCUGCAUUUGGGGUUUAUCCUGAAUCUUCAAUGUCUCUGUGUUAAAUUUAACCCCCUGGAGUCAUAGCCCACACCGGUGCGGUCCGUCUCGUAUUUUCUUGAUGACAGUGAAAAUAACUAAAAAUACUCCUUCAUUUUUGAUUGCACAGAUAAGAAUAAGUUAUCAUUUCAUAAUAACAAAACAAUGUACUUUUGUAAAAUAAACAGGGUGCGUUCUCCGCUGUCUAGCUACACGUAAAUUUAUUUUUCAUCUCUUAUUUUUGUAUUAUUUUUGUACGUUUUUGUAUUGUCAUGUUCAUGCAGAUUAUACAUGUUUUUUUUUCAUAUUAUUAUUAUUAUUAUUAUUAUUAUUAUUAUUAUUAUUAUUUUCUACAUUUAUUAUUUUAUUGUUUAUUUAUUUUUAUAGGGUGCUUUAUAUUUCUCUUAAUUUUAUUCUUGUUUUGAAUAUUGUGUUUAUAUUAUUAUUGAUUAUUAUAAUAUUAUUGAAUACCAUUUUGGAUUGUUUGAAAAUGCCAUGCUGUUGAUCUCGAAACACGAAACGCCUAGGUAAUUUGUGUAAGUGGCACCAAUCUUCAGUAAAUUCAUGCCAAGAUAUUGAAGAUUCUAAAUUGUGAAGAUAUUUUUGAUAUCUUGAAAGGUGUUGCCAUGACAAUGUGUUAAACGUGACACACUUUGAUGUGACUAGUGUGGUAGCGCCACCAACGGUCAGAUGGAAGUAGGACAUUUUUAAAUCACAUUAGAAAUGACCGGAGUGGAAAACAGAUCUGUAAUCAAACACAAUUUUCUGCUUUUCAGCUUAAAAACAACACACAGGUGACAGUAAAUGCAGUUUAAAGAAAAUAAAAACCUUGAGCAAAAUUUGGCUUUGUAAUUCAUAUUUAUUAUUUAUUGCCAAUUAAUAAUUUCCAAUCCGCUUGAAUUUGUAAGUAUAUGUAACAUUUGGGAAUGUUAUGUGUGAUAUAGCUUGAUGCCAUCACUCCCAGUGUUCUUAAAGCAACUCUUUUGAUUCAUUGUUCAGUAACUCUUGGUAAGAAAUUGUGUGUUUGUCAAGUAAAACUUAUUUUGUGUAGUGUUUUCACAAAACCUUCAUUUCAGAGCUGCAUUACAGAGUCUUACUGUUAUUUAACCCUUAAUGCUUUAAUACUAAGAAUAUGAUGAUAUGUGUUGACUAAAUACAUGAUCAGCUGGCUGAGAUCAAGCUAUAGUGUGUGUAUUUUUUUAUCAGUUACACUUAGUUAUUACAAACUGCAAAAGAGAAAUAAAUUGUACUGCUCUUUGAUUUCCAUGAGUGAGUAUAAGGUGCGAGCAGCUCUUAAAAAUAUUAAAGCAAAUGUUUGUUCCUCUGUU